UGAAUCUAUUCGAGAUAGAAAAAAAAGAAUGACGGAGACGCUUAUAACAAACGAAAUUUAAAGUAUAAAUUAAAACUAUUUAAUUUAUUUGUUUUCUUUGUUUAAAGUGCAUUUUUGCAGUUUUAAAAUCUUCAAGAAUUCCACAUAUUAUUCUCCUCAUGUUAUUGCAACACAUGCGCAGUUGUGUUCAGGUCAUUCGUUGGAGUCAUUUGGAGCACGGCUUUCACUUGGGUUUUGGAGUCGUUCACAUACGCUCACUUCACCACCAUUUUCCUCGAUUUAACAAAAUGAAUUGCAGCGGCGCUUUGUCCGAAGACUAUUUAAAUAAACUUCAUAUAGAUUUUCAUAAUGAUCCACGAAAUCUUGCCGCUCAAAAUGUUUGCACAAAAGUAAAUCCAACCGAUGCUUGUAUAUCGAGACAAGUUGUUCAAAAUAGUAAUCAUGUUUUUACUUAUAAAAUUGAUCCCGAAGGAAAGCCAAUCACUGAACAAAAGAAUUCUGGACGUUGUUGGCUUUUUGCAUUUUUAAAUGUAAUGAGAUCGCCAUUCAUGAAAAAAUACAGUUUGGAGGAAUUUGAAUUUAGUCAGUCUUAUCUUUUCUUUUGGGACAAGAUUGAGCGAUGCAAUUAUUUUUUGCAAAAUAUUGUGGAAACUGCCGCACGGGGCGAAGAAGUAGAGGGAAGAUUAGUGUCUUUUCUAUUGAAAAGCGAUUUGGUGACUGACGGUGGUCAAUGGCAUAUGAUAGUGAAUUUAGUUAAAAAAUAUGGUGUUGUACCAAAGACAUGUUUUCCAGAAUCAACUACAAGUGAAGCGAGUUUACGACUCAAUGGAUUGUUAAAAACAAAACUUCGCGAAUUUGCUAAAGUAUUGCGAACAAUGAUGUCCGAUAAGGCAUCAAAGGAUGAGGUUCAAACAAAAAUUCGUGAACAAAUGGCAAUUAUUUAUAAAUUAGUUGGUAUUUGCGUUGGCAUUCCAUCGAAAACAAUUACAUGGGAUUAUUAUACAAGCUCAAAAGUAUACAAUAGUGUUGGACCAAUAACACCUGUUGAAUUUUAUCAAAAAUAUGUGAAAUCAUGUUUUGAUGUUGAUGAAAAAAUUUGCUUAGUUACCGAUCCAAGGCCAACAAAUCCAUUUGAAAAACUUUAUACACUCGAUUGUUUGGGUAAUGUUUGGGGAGGCGGUCCUGUUUUAUAUAAUAAUCAAGCUCCCGAGUUACUUAUCAAAUUAUGUGUUGAUAGUAUAAAAAACAAUGAGCCCGUAUGGUUUGGAUGUGAAGUUUCAAAACGUUAUGCCUCAAAACAGGGACUUAACGAUCUUAAAGCUCAUAACUAUGAGGCACUUCUUGGAACUGAUUUUCAAAUAACACUUUCAAAAGCCGAUAGACUGCUUUAUGGGGAUUCGUCAAUGACUCAUGCUAUGGUGUUUACCGGCGUUAGCAUAGACAAGGAUGAAAAAGCAACGAAAUUCCGAAUUGAAAAUUCCUGGGGUAAAGAUUACGGAGACAAAGGCUAUCAACUUUGUACAGUUGAUUGGUUCAAAGAAUUUGUAUUUGAAGUUGUUGUAGAUAAAAAAUUCGUACCUGAAAAUGUUCUCGAAGUUUUCAAACAAGAUCCCGUUGUACUGCCAGCCUGGGAUCCAAUGGGAACUCUCGCUCAGUAAAAAAAAAAAAAAAGUAACAAGUAUUUCUGAACGUGUCAUAUUGAUUAUCACAUGACAUGGAAAAAAGCAAGCUAUCCUCAAUAUCCAUCUCUAUUCAAAAGAAAAUGACAAAUUACAUUUUUCACUUGAAAAAUUAAAUAAUUUGCACACAUGUUUUUUUUUUAAUUCUGAAACACAAAAAGUAUACAUGGUCAAUUUUGAUAUUAAUAUACAAUUAUUUCUUUAUUGUGUAAACACUAUUUAUAGCUUGCAAAAAAAAUAUUAUCAAGUAGUCAUAAGAUUUUAAUAAAUUUCAAUAUAUUCCGUUCAUAUCGACUCAACAAAUUUUUAUCAUUAGGAAUAUAUAUAUAUACAACAAAUUUUUAUUAAAUAAGCAAAAAUAACAUAAACUCAACGAGAUAUCAAUUAAAAUAUCGUGCCAUCAUUUGCAUGAAAAUUAAUUAAUCAUUAUACCUAAUCGCAAAUCAAUAAUUAAUGUUAAUAAUUAAUAAUUAUAUCAUAAUUUGAUUUAAGUUAUAAUUAAUUAACAUUAAUGUUUGAUUGUCAAUUAAAAACCACUGGACAAUUGCAUUUAUUUGAAUAGGAUUGACACAGAUAUAAAAGAAACAAAAACUGAAUGAUCAGGGAAAUUCAAAAAGUACCUACACAAAAUGGGGGGAAAAAAUUAAAAAAUAGAAAUACUGUGACAACCCUGUUGAAUGAUGAUUAUAAAUUAUAAUCAAGUAAAACUGCGAAUAGUUCAAGAGAAUCCAAUGCCAUAAAUAAUGUACUUUUAUGAAAAAUCUUUGAUUAUAAAUAAAAGAAUUUUCUUUAA